ACUUUACAAGAAGUUGAUAGAGAGAGACAUGUCACUCUGGGUCCCAUUUACGGACACUUUGAGGGGAAUCGACCUCAUCUAUCUGUAGCCGAUCCAAAGCUGCUUAGAGACAUUUUUGUCAGAGAUUUUCCUGUUUUCACCAACCGACGAAUUUUUGAAACAGGCGAUGAUAUCUCAGAUGUUAUGGUGUCUAAUCUCCAAGAUGAGGAUUGGAAGAGGGUGAGGUCUAUUCUCUCACCAGUGUUCUCAACGGGAAAACUCAACACCCCGCCUGAUGAAGCUCUUAAAUAUAUCUGUUUCAAUCCCUUAUGCCAUGGAGUUUUUUACCACCACUACUACUGAAAUUAUUAAUGAAAGAAAAAGAACUAAUCAGAAAAGAAAUGAUUUUCUUCAACUGCUGAUGGAUGUAGCAGAUGAGGUUGAGGUUGAAGAGAAAUUAGAAGACAUUGAAAAAGUGAAUGAUUUAGCCAACAGCAACAAUAAACAUGGUCAGAAUGAAGUUACAACUCCGACAAAUAAAAGUCUAUCAAGGAAUGAACUGAUAGCGCAGUGCAUCAUAUUCUUCGUUGCUGGCUUCGAAACUUUAGCUCUUGCUUUCUCUGCGGCCACUUAUGUACUGGCAACUCAACAGGAUGUCCAAGAAAAAGUUCGGAAGGAAAUCGAAGAUUGCUUAAAGGAAACAAAUGGUACUUUGACUUACGAAGUUUUUCAAAAUAUGAAAUAUCUUGAUUGCUUCCUGUCUGAAACCUUGAGAAUGUAUCCUCCUCUAAUUAAAACAGAAAGAAAAGCUGCUUCCACCUAUGAAUUAGGAGACACGGGUAUCCUUCUUGAAAAAGAUAUGCUCGUCAGUAUUCCAAUAUACGCACUCCACCAUGAUCCAAAAUAUUUUCCAGAUCCUGAAAAGUUUAAUCCCAACAGAUUCAUCCCUGAGGAGAAGGGCAAAAGGGAUCCCUACGUGUACCUGCCUUUUGGAUCCGGACCAAGAAACUGCCUCGGUAUGAGGUUCGCUCUCCUACAGAUGAAAGUGUGCCUCGUACACAUCAUCGCUCACUUCAACAUAAAUCCAUGCUCGAAGACGCAAAUACCGAUGCAGUUCCAUCGCGGUUUUGGAAUUUUGAAACCCAAAGACAUACUUCUUGAUAUAGAGCCAAGAGAAGAUUGCCUGCAAGUAUCCUGACUCUCCACUAUAAUUCUUCCGUAUUUUUUUUUCUUUUUAUCCCCGGAACGCUUAAAAUACUGAAGAAAUGUUUGUUUUCAUUUCUGAUUCUUGAUUGAAUGCGUUUGCAAAUAAAUAUUUUAAUCAAAAGGUAA